CUCUAGGGUUUUGUCUUAUAAGCUUGAUCUCGCAUUAGGUCUUUGCGCCUCUUGCCAUCUUUUGUCACUCAUCUUCACAGGAAACAAUGGUGUUUGUGAAGUCCUCCAAAUCGAAUGCUUACUUCAAGAGGUACCAAGUGAAGUUCAGGAGAAGGAGAGAUGGGAAGACUGAUUACAGGGCAAGGAUCCGUCUUAUCAAUCAAGACAAGAACAAGUACAACACCCCUAAGUACCGUUUUGUUGUUCGAUUUACCAACAAAGACAUUGUGGCACAGAUUGUAUCUGCAAGCAUAGCUGGUGACAUUGUUAAAGCUUCGGCUUACGCACAUGAGCUUCCUCAGUAUGGACUCACUGUUGGUCUUACCAACUAUGCUGCAGCUUACUGUACUGGCCUUCUUUUGGCUCGUCGUGUUCUGAAAAUGCUGGAAAUGGAUGAUGAGUACGAGGGAAACGUAGAGGCCACUGGAGAGGACUUUUCUGUGGAACCAACUGAUUCCAGAAGACCUUUCCGUGCUCUUCUUGAUGUUGGACUUAUCAGGACUACCACUGGAAACCGUGUGUUUGGUGCACUCAAGGGAGCUUUGGACGGAGGUCUUGAUAUCCCUCACAGUGACAAGAGAUUUGCUGGUUUCCACAAAGAGAACAAGCAACUUGAUGCUGAAAUCCACAGGAACUACAUCUACGGUGGCCACGUCUCAAACUACAUGAAGCUGUUGGGGGAAGAUGAGCCGGAGAAGUUGCAAACUCACUUCAGUGCUUACAUUAAGAAAGGAGUUGAAGCUGAGAGCAUCGAGGAGAUGUACAAGAAGGUUCACGCAGCUAUCCGAGCAGAACCCAACCAUAAGAAAACCGAGAAAUCUGCUCCCAAGGAACACAAGAGGUACAACUUGAAGAAACUGACUUACGAAGAGAGGAAGAACAAGUUGAUCGAGAGAGUGAAGGCAUUAAACGGAGCAGGUGGUGAUGAUGAUGAUGAGGAUGAUGAAGAGUAAAUCACCAAUCAAGCCUUCUUUGUCUCAUGCCUCUAGUAGCUUUUUACUUAUUUAUUUUCAGACUAAAACACUCAGUUUUUGUUUUCACAUUUUAGUUGCGUUUGAAGAUUUUGAAUUCGAGGAUAUGUUUUGUUUGAAGAAUUUAUUAUCAUCUCUUAUUACACCAUCGUCAUUUUCAGGAAUUUGCCUGUCAAUAGUUAGAUUUUAUGCGUAGUGUGGUUUUAGUGCUUGUGGAAAAUGGGGAUUCUUGAAGUAAUGAAAGUGAUCAUUAGUGAUGUCUUCUGAUCGGGUGCUUGAUACAAAUUCUAACUUGAUGUUACUUAAUAGAAAAGAUUAUCUUCGUAAAG